AUGCAGACGGCUGUCCGCAACGCCGCGGACACCAUCAUCAUCAUCACGACGACGACGACGACAAUCAGAAGUGUGCGCGCGGCGCCGUUGAGAGAGGAGCUCGACGACGAGCAGCAACGCGAUUUCGAGUUCAUUCGGAAACAACUCGAACAGUAUGGCUAUUUGCGCGGAAAUCCGACGCUUCACGAGUUUGGCGACUCGCUGCGCAACUUUCAGGCGGUGCUCGGCGUUGAGCCGACCGGCGAACUCGACAAGGCGACGAUUGAGGCGGCGACGCGGCCGCGUUGCGCUCACGCCGACAUUCGCGCCACGCCGAGCGGCGGACGAAUCAAGCGAUUCUCGCUCUCGAAACAGGCGAAAUGGGAUCGCAAGCAUUUCACCGGACACAACGAGCUGACAUUGAAAUGGUUCAUCUCGUCGUACACGCACGACAUCGAUCGGCAUAUCGUCAAAAGCGUUGUUCGCAAAGCAUUCAAUCUCUGGGCGACGCAAAGCAACGCCAAAUCGUCGCACAAGAAAAUCGCUCUCAAAUUCGUCGAAGCCGCUUCGAAAGACGACGCCGAUAUCAACAUUCUAUGGGCUGAAGGCGCCCAUGGCGAUAACUAUGAUUUCGACGGCGCCAAUGGAAGUGUCGGCGAGAACAAUCGGAAUGAGAACGUGCUGGCUCACACCUUCUUUCCGGGAUUCGACUAUCCGCUGAACGGCGACAUCCAUUUCGACGACGCCGAGGUUUGGGUGGUCGACGCGUCGACAGCGACAGAGGAGAACGGCCGCCGAUUUUUCCCGUACGUGCUGGCUCACGAAAUCGGGCACACGCUUGGCCUACAGCACAGUCUCAAAUCGAACGCGCUGAUGUAUCCGUAUUACAAAAAUGUGCCUUUGGAUAAGGUCCAACUCGACAUCGAUGAUCAGUGCAGCAUCAGCAUGAACUACAUCGGACCAUCGCAAUAUUGCAUAUUCGUUUGGGUGAUGACGGAGGUCGUCGAGCCGCACAAUCUCGCCCUUACGAAUAAGGAAAAUUAUGAUAAUAAUAGCAUCAACAAUAACAAUAAUAAUCAGCAGCAGAAAUUAUUAAAAGGCACACGGCUGCCGAAAUGCACAUCGGGCCCGGACAAGAUCCGAUUGAUGAUCGAGGAGAAGCUCGCGAAACAAUUGCAUUUGUCGUCGAUUGAGGUUAAAAGAUACACCGAAGCUUCGUGCAACUUUCUCGCCGGCCUUCAUAUGUAUCGAGCGUCGAAUGGAUACUCGUCAUCGGACUCGAUUGAGAAGGAGUUCAACGGGGUGAUGCACGAGGUGUCGUCGUUCGCCGGCACGCUGUCGGUUCGACGGAUGCUCAGGCACGUUGAGCAGAAGACGAGGGAAUUGGAAAUUUUUGACGCCAAAUUCUUCGACAAAUCGUUUUUCGACAAAUUCUUCUCGAACUACUACAGUAAUUAG